AUGACGCACAGAGAGGCAGAUGACGAGGGUCACAUGCUCUCUUUCCUGUCUUCUUAUCGGCCGUACGUCCAGCAGCUGUUGGUGAGUGAAGAAAAGUUUCCCUCUGAGCAGCAGGAGAGGAGCUGCAGUCUGGACCAGGACCAGGAAGACCCAGAGCCCCCACACAUUAAAGAGGAACAGGAGGAACCUCGGACCAGUCAGGAGGGAGAGCAGCUUCAGGGACUGGAGGAGGCUGAUAUCAUCAAGUUCACAUUCACUCCUGUCCCUGUGAAGAGUGAAGAAGAUGAAGAGAAACCUCAGUCCUCACAGCUUCAUCAAACACAGACUGUACAGAUGGAAACAGAAGCUGAUGGAGAGGACUGUGGAGGACCAGAACCAGACUGGAACCCCAGUCCACAUACCCAUUUACAAGAUGAUCAGACUGGAGACUCUCCUGAACCUGAGACUGAUGACAGUGCUGAUUGGAGGGAGACCAGAGCCCUACAGUCAGGGUUAAAGUCCCUCAGUGAUUCCAGAUUUAGUGCCGGUGAGAAACCGUUUGGCUGCUCUGAGUGUGGGAAAAGAUUUAGCUACAAGGGAACUUUGAAGAAACACAUUUUUUCUCACGCAGGAGAGAAACCUUUCAAUUGCUCGUUUUGUGAUAAAAGUUUUUUCCGCAGUACAGAUCUCAGGAUCCACAUGAGAACUCAUACAGGAGAGAAACCGUUCAGCUGCUCAGUUUGUGAUAAAGACUUUAAUCAACGGGGACAUCUGCGGAGACACAUGGCAACUCAUACAGGAGAGAAACCUUUCAGAUGCCCUGUUUGUAGUAAAUCUUUCAGACAGGGUGGAAAUUUAAAGUCACACAUGAAUAUUCACACAGGAGAGAAACCGUUCAGCUGCCCCGUGUGCAAUAAAUCUUUUACACAGGGCGGAAAUCUACAGUUACACAUGAGAAUCCACACAGGAGAGAAAAGUUUCAGUUGCUCAUUUUGUGAAAAGGAAUUUUUGCAAAAAAUCCACCUGAAGACGCACAUGAUAAUUCACACAGGAGAGAAACCGUUCAUCUGUUCAGUUUGUCAUAAAGCAUUUUUGCAAAAAGUUCAUCUGAAGACACACAUGAUCACUCACACGGGAGAGAAACCGUUCAACUGCUCACUGUGUCAUAAAGGCUUCAUCCAGAAGUCACAACUGACACAACACAUGACUCAACACACAGGAGAAACUAUUGAUUGUUUGUAAAAAUGAAGGUUUUCCUGGUGUGAUCACAUCAAAGGCUGGUUAUGUUAGUUCUUAAGAAAUAUGAAAACAGUAUGUAUCUUAUCAAUAGUGCGCUUCUCUUCAAGCGAAUAUUGUGGUGUACCACAAGGCUCGACCCUCGGUCCUCUUCUUUUUCUUUUUUUUCUAGAUGGCCUCGCCUGUCCUCCAAACUGUUUUUUUUGUUAUUUUUAUGCUGAUGAUGCCGGUCUGUUUCUAUUAAUAUAAAAUGUAAAAUUCAACUGACUGUAAUGAACACAAAGAUGUUUUGAAUAAUGUGUCUCUUAACUCUCCUGUUAUGUUGUGGGUCAAAUUGACCCAUUUCAAAGUUUAAAAAUCUAAUAAACGGCGGCUGUGGCUCAGUUGGUAGAGUUGGUUGGCCCCCAACCGAAGGGUUGGUGGUUCGAUCCCUGACCGUCGCAGCCUACAUGUCGAAGUAUCCUUGAGCAAGAUACUGAACCCCAAAUUGCUCCCGAUGCUGCGUUCAUCGGUGUGUGAAUGAAUUCCCGAUGGUGGCAGGUGGGACCAUUUAGGGUAGCCUCUGCCACCAGUAUGAAUGUGUGUGUGAAAGGGUGAAUGAGCGCAGUCUGUAGUGUAAAGCGCUUUGAGUGGUCGCAAAGCGACUAGAAAAGCGCUAUAUAAGUGCAGGUCCAUCCUUUAGUUAAAAGUAUUUUUUUAUAAAAAGAAAAAAAUGUCAAAUUAAAUUAAAAAAACAUUAGUGUCAUGUUAAACUGUCAAAUGCAUGUAGAACAGUAUAAAUAGGAAUACAAAAGGUUUGAAGCAA